AUGUCUCUCGAACAAGCUACUGCUUUCAAAAAUGAAGGAAACAAGGCCUUCUAAGAAAACCGUUUCUAAGAUGCCAUUGAUGCCUUCACCAAGGCUAUUGAAAUUAACCCAAACGACCACGUUUUUUAUUCCAACAGAAGUGGUGCCUAUGCUUCUCUCAAUAAGCUUGAUGAAGCUCUCGCUGAUGCCGUCUAGUGCAUUUCAAUAAAGCCAGACUGGGCCAAGGGUUAUUAAAGAAAAGGUCAUGCCGAAUAUGAACUCGGUAAGCUAUCCGAAGCUGUUGCUACCUUCAAAAAAGGUUUAGAAAUCGAACCUAACAACGCCAUUUUGAAAGAAAGACUCUAAAAAGUUGAAGAAGAACUUAAAGAAGAAUCUGCUGGUGGAAGUGGUGGUUAAUUUGAUAGCAUUGCCACAUAAAUUAUGAUGAAGCUUGCUGCUAAUCCCAGAACUGCAGAAUGGUUGAAAGACCCUUCUUUCAUGACUAAAUUAGAAAUGCUUAAGAAGAGCCCUCAAAUGUUCUCAGUCUUGAUGUAAUAAGAUCCUCGUUUGGGUGAAGCUUUCAAUCUUCUUCUUUCUGAUUUCGGUGGUGGUGCUUUCGGCUAAGGUGCUAACUUCAAUUUCUAAGACAAGAAGAAUGCAGAAGAACAAAAGCCUGAAACUAAAGAACACACAACAACUUCUACUACUAAUCAAGCUCAAGAUGACUUCAAGAUGGAAGAAGAAAUUCCUGAACCCUUCACUAAUAAUGCAAAAUAAGAAGCUCCUAAACCUGCCCCAAAGAAGGAAGAAUAAAAAAAGCCAGCUCAUGCUCCUGCUCCUACUUCCAAUCUCCCCGAACAUGAAAAGGUGAAGAAUGAAGGUAAUGAGUACUACAAGAGUAGAAACUUCGACAAGGCUUUGGAAUGCUACAACAAAGCUAUCGAGUUAUAACCCACUGAAAUUCUUUAUUACAACAAUAAAGCUGCAGUCUACAUUGAACAAAAGAACUAUGAUGCUGCUUUAGAAACUGUUGAACUCGCCUUGAAAGUCGCUCAAGACAACAACAUUAAAGAUUUCUAAAAGAUUGCCAAGAUCUUUGCCAGAAAGGCUUCCAUCCUCGCUAAGCAAGAAAAGUAUGCUGACUCAUUAUACUGGUAUGACAAGUCUAUGUUGGAAGACAACAACCCUAAGGUCAAGCUUGAAAUGAAGCAAAUUGAAAAGAUCAAAAAAGAAGCUGAUGCUAAAGCAUACAUUAACCCUGCUUUGGCUGAAGAACAUAAUGAAAAAGCUAAGGCAUUCUUCACUGAUGGUAAGUUCCCUCAAGCUUUAUAAGAAUAUAACGAAUGUAUCAAGAGAAACCCUACUGAAGCUAAGUAUUACUGCAACAGAGGUAUUUGCUAUUAAAAGUUAAUGGAAUUCCCUAGUGGUUUGAAAGAUUUAGAUAAGUGCCUUGAAAUUGAUCCUAACUACAUCAAGGCUUACAUCAAGAAGGGUCAAUGCCAUACUGCAAUGAAGGAAUUCCACAAGGCUUUGGGUGUCUAUGAAAAAGGUUUGAAGAUUUAACCUGAUAACCAAGAAUUAAAGGAACUCUUAGAAAGAACAAGAAUGUAAGCUUACAUGGGAGGUGGUGAUGAAAAGGAACAAUAAGAAAGAGCUGCACACGCCAUGGCUGAUCCCGAAAUCUAAUAAAUCUUAAGAACUCCUGAAGUUUAAAACGCCCUUAGAUCACUUCAAUAAGAUCCUAAAGAAGCAACCAAGAUUUUAAGCGAUCCCACCCUUGCUCCUAAAAUUGCUAAGCUAGUUGAAGCUGGUAUCUUAAGAAUGGGUUGA